AGGUAUUUACAUUUGUAUAUUUCAAAGUUUGCUGCGCAUAUUGUCGAUGGCAACAAAAUCGACGUCGUAUUUGCCGUUCAGCAAUUAGUUUCCGUUAUCAUCCUAAUGCACCAAUAAAUGCUCGAAGAGUACCACCAAGUCGUUACAAUCAACGUUAUCCUGGAAUUCGUCGGCAUGGAAGUUUAACACGAUUAUACGGCCCACGUUUGAAAAGUACUUUUAGCGAUACAAAAAGUAUUCGUAGCUCACGAAGUUUUAAUAACAAAUAUGAUACAAUUUCAUUACCGGCACGUCGAAAUUUUGCUACAUACAACAUUCGAACAUCUUACGACACCUAUCAUAAAGUUUCAUUAAGAAAAGGUGCACCAGGAAUGAUAAAUCGAAUUCGUUCAAAUGAAAUUUCAUUACGUGAUUCAUCACUUCAUAGUAUUAGCGAAUCCAAGCAAAAGCGUGGUUGUUGUAAUUUGUCACCAAAGUGUGCUGCUACUGAACGUUCAUAUUUCACUUUUAAAGGUGGUAUACCAGUACGUUAUCAAAGUGAUGGUAAAUCACGAGGUGCCUUUGUUGAACUUAAAACUUAUGCUCGUGGUACAGCUGGAACAUCAACUAAUUUACAUUCUAAUGUUACUGGCCAUAUUUCAGUACCACAACUCAGAGCUAAAGCUCGACGAAAGGAAGAAAAAGAAAAGGACAUGUCAACAGUUACAACAUCAUCACGAAUAAUCACUAAUCAGCGUACAAGUAAUUCGAACAGUAAAGAAAGUGAUUCGGUAAUUCUACCACAAAUUACAGUCAAUGAUAAUGUUGAUGAGGAAGAUGAAACUAAUCAUCAGAAAAAAUCUUUGGAUAAUACUGAACAAACAACUGCUGCAACUACAAUUAAGGACUAUGAACAAACGGAAACAAAUGAGAAAUUAAAUUCAGCAGCAUCAUCAUCACAGGAUCCAAUACAACAACGAUCAACAGGUAUUGUCAUUGAACGUAUAAUGAGUGCAAAUAAGCCGCCAUCUUUGGAUAGUUCACUCCUGAGAAGUUUUUUUGGCAUAAAACAGUUUUUACUAUAUGUAGUAGUUAUGCUAUAA